UUGACAGUAAACAAAGAAAAUCUUUUCCUGUCUGAAAAACUUGUUUCGUCUGGCUAGCGCAGUUUAAAAUAAAGUUUUCUAAAAAUACUGUGGAAGGCAUGAGAGGAGCCAGCACUCUUAUUCCAGCUCGCUUUUUGACCCUGGUAGGCCACCUGUGCGUCUUGGUGACACUGCUAUGGGAGAGCAACAGGAGCGUACAACACUGUUUGCCGAAACAGCACCACGAUUAUCUCCAGAUAUAUCACAGCCGGUAACCAACGAACACCAGCAGCUGACCCAAUCAGGUGAAUACAAGGCGGGAUGGUCGUUCUACCUGGUGCUGGCCGGAGUGGUCACCACCCUCGGCUCCUCGCUGCCGGUGGGGUACAACAUCGGGGUAGUUAACACGCCUGCUGGGCUGUUAAAGGAGUUCUGUAACCAGAGUUUCGUCACUCGUUACGAUGUUACUCUGGACGCUGGGUGGUUGGAGGUGUUGUGGGCAUCUGUGGUGUCCAUCUUCAUCGUGGGUGGAUGCACUGGCUCCAUAUUGGGGUCCCUGCUGGCCGAUACUAUGGGCAGGAAAAAAGCUACGAUUGUGACGAGUGUGCUCUUUAUCUGCGGCGCUCUGUUGUUCAUGCUGUGUCGGGCUGCCAACUCUGUGGAGAUGCUGAUUGCAGGCAGGCUGCUGGUCGGCCUGGCUGGAGGUCUGACAACAAGUAUAGUGCCAAUGUACUUAGCGGAACUGGCCCCGCUCAGCUUGACCGGGACGAUGGGCGUGGCCUGCCCCAUGGGCGUCAACCUGGGCGUGCUCGUGGGGCAGGUCAUGGGGCUCCGGUCUAUUUUGGGCGGUGCCGACGAUUGGCCGUACCUACUGUCCGUCUACGCGUUGCUAGUCAUUUUUUGUUUACCUGUACUGUUCAUGUUGCCGGAGAGUCCGAAGUAUCUCUUUGUGGUUAAGAGGGAUGAAAAUGGUGCUUUGAAAGAAUUAAGCCGCCUCCGCGGCGUUUCACCCAGCGUCCUAGCUGAAGACAUAGAACUGCUUCGCGAGGAAACCCGCGCGUCAGCUAGUCUUACUGGCGAGAGGUGGAGUAUGGCGCGAGUGCUUCGAGAACCUUCGCUGAGGCUGCCGCUGUUGCUGGUCUGCACCAUGCAGGCCGGACAGCAGACCAGCGGGAUCAAUGCGGUGUUCUACUACUCGACUACGAUCUUCAAGCAGGCCGGCCUCACCGCGCUCCAGUCGCAGUACGCGACCAUCGGCUGCGGCGCCGUGAACGCGUGCACGGGCGCGCUGGCGGCGCGGCUGCUGGCCGCCGCCGGCCGCCGCGCGCCGCUGCUGGGCUCGGCGCUGGCGGCCGCCGCGCUGCUGGCCGCGCUCGCCGUGUGUAUGACGUUCAUUAACGCCUUAUCUUGGAUGCCGUACGCGUGUAUGGCAGCGGUGUUGGCGUACGUUUUAGUCUACGGCCUGGGACUCGGCCCGAUACCAUAUUUCAUUGCAUCUGAGAUGUUUGAAGUGGCGCCCCGGCCGGCGGCGAUGGCGUGGGGCUCGCUGGCCAACUGGGGCGGGAACUUCCUCGUGGGGAUGACCUUCCCCACCAUGAGGGAAGCCAUCGGGCCUUACUCCUUCCUCGUAUUCUCCGCCGUCACCGUCGCCCUCUUCGUGUUUCAGAAAAUGUACUUCCCAGAGACUCGUGGUAAGACUCCAUCCCAAGUGGCCCAGCUGUGCGGUCGCGGGUUCAAAUCCAGGCCCGCGCGCGUGCCUUCUCGCGGACAUGUAUGACGUCACACAAGAAAGCUGAUGAGUAUAACUAAAAUAUGUCUUAUGGCGUUAUGAUAUUAUAUUAAGAGAUCUAAGUACUAAAUAGAUGCGUAUGAUUUUUUUUAACAUAUGCAAAGAUAAAAAAAGAAGUAUAUGUAUGUAAGAUAUACAUAUGUAGUUGUUAUACGAAAGUCUGUCGAUGUUUUAUAUCUGAGAAUAUGCCAAAAUAUUAAUUAAUCAUUUAUAUAAUAAUAUAUUCGUGGGAAAUUUGUAGAGGACAUGAAAAAAACCUACGUCUUAAUUUAGCAAAACUGAUAUUUAAUAACAUUCUUAUUGGUUCUUGUAUCAUACGCAUACAGUACAGAAAUCUAAAUACAAGUGACUAUAUUUAUAGGAAACAGCUAAACGUUAAAUUAUAAAUUUUGAGCCUCGAAUUUAUUAGUAAGUCAUCGUAAAUAGAUGAAAUUGUUCUCGAAUUAUUUACGUAUUGGAAUCUCAUAAUGGAAAGUCGAGUCAGCUUGGCAAGGAAUUGGACAAACCAAAAAGCUUCUAACCCAAAUAUGGCUUCUUAGGCAAAAAUUGUGUAUGUGUACCACUUUGAAAAGUCUUCUUGGGAAAUAUUCGACGGCACAGAGUAGCGCAACCUACCCAGAAACAAACCGAAUGAAAACUCAAUAAUAACCAAGUCAAUAAAGACCUUAUUACAAGUACAUUAAACUUAAAAUCAAAAAACAAAAAGUUCUUGCUAACUCGCUUCAAUAGCAGACAGCUCAGUUCGUGGGUUCAAAUGACGUGCUCUGAUUGAAAAUAUUUUCGCGCCAUAUAAAAUUUAAAGAUUAUAAAAGUGGGAAAGUAAAUAGGUACAUAAUAUUGUCGUGUUUUUUUAAUUUUGUUCGAUCUGUGUUUUUUUUUAUUAAACUAAGUUAAAGUUAAUUAAUUUCUAUGUGUGUUCUAUUGCCAUGUAGUUUUUCAAAUUUCUUAAUUGGUCCACCAAAGAGUGUAUUUUUUAUUUGAUUCAGCUUCGUGCCCUGUCUAUAAAAUUAAUAUAACGAAUUUUUUUAUGUGAAUAGGGAUUUAGGUUAAAUCUUUAUUGUAAACUAUGCCAUAAAAUGAAAUAAAAAGCGAAUAACAUUUAACGGCUUGAGAGACAAGUUGUAAAUAGAGGUAACGGUGUUGGUUAAAAACCAUUUUUCGUAAAAUAAUUUGACAGUAAGUGAGCAUAUUGCUAGGUACAAGCUAUUCUGAGUUUUAAAACUAACGGCUAAAGACUCAUUUUUAAUAAAAUAUGGUACGACAAAAAUAAGCAAAGAUCAAGGAAUGGUUGUGUAAUUAUAAGCUUAAAGUGUUUUUCUUACCACGAUUUAAAAUACAUCGUUUUCUUUUAUGACAUUUCUUACUAAUAAGUUUCUUAUUGUGUUUGUGUCAUUAGCCCAAUUAAUAUUGUAAAUGCGAAAGUUUGUUUGUUUGUUAGUUUCCUCUUCACACGUUACUAAACUAAAUUUCUUGAAAUUUUGCGUAUAUAUAAUUAAGUCUGGAGAAAGACAUUGGGUACUUUUCAUCACGGUAAAAACUAUAGUUGGCUUGGAAUUUGCGAAGAACCUUCAAACUUUAGCGUUUUCAUUUUGUAAAUGGCGCCAAAUUCGCUAGAUUUGCACGGCCAAAUCUGCGGGUCAAAGCUAGUGUUACCGAUAGGAACCCGCUAUUGCCCGGUUUCUGCUGUGCACAAAGACAAGUUAUUCUCUUUUCAUAUUUAAUGAAUUAAUUUUAUUUAACAAGAUAUAAGUACAAAUGUUUUUUUACACAAUAAUGCCACUUUUUUAUAUUAUGCUCAGUUUAUAUCGGAUUAUUACUAGGUUAUAUGCCAUUUGCCAUGAUGUUAAUUUAUGUUUUUUUACUUGAUAAAAUAUGUUUAUCUUGAAAGCUAUUAAGUUCUCUUUGUAAUAUUACUCUAUAGGUUAAGUAAAUAUCAGCUCUCAAAAACUAUUUUGAUUUGAUAAUUCGGCUAUUUCGUGUCUAUUUCUUUUUUUGCACCACAUAACCGGAUAUAGGGAAUAUUCCUUGUAUAAAAAAAACAAUAUUUAGAAUUCACUUCACGACUCAGUUGUGCUAGGGAAUAUUUAUAAAUAGAGGCAGCGGUUAUCGCUCACUAACAGUUUGGUCCAUGCUAUUAUGAUCCAUACGGUGAAAAUGCCCCACUGUAUUGUACCCACAUCUUGUAAAAUUAAUAUACCCAAUAUGUAGAAAGUUUUUGGUGACGAGCUAUUUAAAAUUACGAAAAAUUUGAAUUUAUAUACUCAUCUAAUAAAUUAACGCCAUCUAUUGAUGUUAUUAUGAAAUAUUUACAACAGUAAUGUUUAUCAAGUAGUGCUUGCUGGAUAGGUGCUUGGGACUAUCAGUUAUUGUACAAAAAAAUAAGUUUCGUCGCAUUUUUUUCUCACUCGUGAUAGUAGGAACUAUUUUAGUUUUACAUGGGGCAUUUAUUUGUCUGAAAAGUAAUUUUACUCAUGCGCAACUGAGUUACAAACUAAACUUAUACAUAAUUAUUAUGGGUAUAGCUUCCAUUUCAGUGAUAUAAAAUCCGUCGCUCAAAUAUUUAGACUUAGUCGCAUCAAUUUAGCAUAAUUAACGUUAAUCCUAAUUAAAGCCAAAUAGCUGAACGUGGGCUAUCAGUCUUUCCAAGACUGUUGGCUCCGUCUACCCCGCAAGGGAUAUAGACGUGAUUAUAUGUAUGUAUGCAUGUAAUUCUAAGUAUUUUUUAUGUUAUUUUUAUCAUGAUAUGCCUCCGAGUACUGUUUAUGUA